ACCACAAGUAAAAUCUUCGCCACUCCUCAGUCUCCUCAUCAUCACUUCUGGUACCUGCAACAGCUCUCAUCUCAUCUCAUCUCAUCUCAUCUAAUCGGACGACUCGGCUAUGGCGGUGACCUCCACAUCCCUCGCAUCCCAACUCUCCGGGCCCACAUCCCUCUCCUACUGCCCCAACUUCUCCGGCCUCCGACGGUCCUGCUCGAAGCUCGAGACCCCUCACUCUAUCUCAGCCACACAAUCGCUCUUCCAACACCUCCAUUCCCAUCUCCGCCUCUCCUCCUCUGCCAAGCCCUCCAGAGCCGUCGUCGCCAUGGUCGGCACCGGAAAGUUUUUUGUUGGCGGGAACUGGAAGUGUAAUGGCACAAAAGAGUCCAUCACCAAGCUUGUCUCCGACUUGAACAGUGCAAAAUUGGAGAGUGAUGUUGAUGUUGUUGUAGCGCCACCUUUCGUGUACCUUGAUCUGGUAAAGAACUCAUUAACACACAGGAUAGAUAUAUCUUCUCAGAACUCUUGGGUUGGAAAAGGUGGGGCUUUCACAGGAGAAAUCAGUGUGGAACAACUGAAGGAUAUUGGUGCCAAAUGGGUUAUUCUUGGGCAUUCGGAGAGAAGACAUGUCAUUGGUGAAGAUGAUCAGUUUAUAGGAAAGAAAGCAGCUUAUGCGUUGAGCGAGGGUCUUGGAGUGAUAGCAUGCAUUGGGGAGCUCUUAGAAGAAAGGGAAGCAGGGAAAACUUUCGAUGUUUGCUACAAGCAAUUGAAGGCUUUCGCAGAUGCAGUACCCAGUUGGGAUAAUAUAGUUAUUGCUUACGAGCCCGUAUGGGCUAUCGGAACCGGUAAGGUGGCUACUCCUCAACAAGCUCAGGAAGUACAUGUAGCUGUUCGAGACUGGCUUAAAAAUAAUGUGUCAGCGGAAGUUGCAUCUAAAACACGCAUUAUAUACGGAGGAUCUGUAAAUGGAGGUAAUUCCGCUGAGCUUGCAAAGCAGGAAGAUAUUGAUGGUUUUCUCGUCGGUGGUGCUUCCUUAAAGGGUCCCGAAUUCGCUACCAUUGUCAAUUCUGUAACAGCUAAGAAAGUUGCUGCUUGAUGUAUGAAGGUUUCGGCCACAAGAGCUAAAUAAGACCGGACAACCCAAAUCCAUCUUGAAGAAUAUUAUGAAAGAUCUAUUGAGAAUCAGUUUCGUUUGAAUGGGUUUUUGUAUCAAUUUUGAAGUUUCUCAUCCCCUCUAAAUAAGAGAGUAAAGUUCACUUCUUUUUCAUGGAACAACAUUGCGGGGCAUAAACAAUUCCUGAACAGGAUAUGUUGUCAGCACAUACUGGGAAAUGGUAUUUCAAGGCUUCUCAUUUUUGUCAAUGAA